CGCUGACGUCAUCCAACGUGACCGGAAGUCUCUCAGUCAUCUGAGCCACAACAGCGUCUGCAGCUACGACGGUCAAAGAUGGCGUACCCUAAAUCCCACAACCCGUUUGCAGAUGAUGACGAUGAGGAAGGCUUUAAACCUAAAAGUCGGGGUUUCGAUGAUGACCCCAGUGAUAGUGGGUUGAGUGACGCAGAGAGGAGGCAGCGAUACCUGCAACAGGAAGUGAUGCGUACAGCUCAGUCUGCUGUGGACAGCAGUUACCGCUCCCUCGGCCUCAUCCACGAGUCUGAAAAGAUGGGUGUGGAAACUGCAGAGGAGCUGAUGCGACAGGGUGAGGCUCUGAAGAGGACAAACAAGAUGUUGGACCACAUGGAUCAGGACCUGAAGACCAGCCAGAAGCACAUCAACAGUAUAAAGAGCGUAUGGGGCGGCCUCGUCAGUUACUUCAAGGGCACGCCAGAGACAAAGCCACCACCUGAGCAGCCUAAUGCCUAUCAGGCCAGUGACAAAUUAGAGAACGCCUUGUCUGGCAGCAAAGACGUUGAAGAUAGGUAUCAAGCCAGCCACCCUAACCUAAGAAAGCUUAACACAGGAGGAUUUGGAGCUUCGGCAUCAGUAGAUGACAGCUCAUCUCAAAAGAACGGUCACCCUCAGAAUAGACACCUUAGGGAGGCCCACCAGACCCUCGACAACAAUUUAGAUGAUAUGUCUGAUGGCUUGAGAAGACUAAAGAACCUCGGGCUCGGACUACAGAGUGAGAUUCAGAGCCAGGACGACUCCAUUGAUUCUCUGCUUAAUAAAGUGGACAAGAUGGACAGCAAGAUCCUCAACACGAACAAACAGAUUAAAAACCUUAAAUAAACAAACUCAGACUCACCCUACAGAGACAAGAACAAGUCAACAUCCUCACUUUUCCAUCCUGGGCUUUGUUGAAUACACAUGUUCUUUGAUUUAAUCUUUUUUUAAUGUACUGGAAUAUGUAACUAGCAGAUAAACAAGUGGAUAUGUUUUUAUUCAAAUCAAUUUCUUCUUGAGUGACAUUCCCUUUUCUUUUUGAAUUUGUUCAUAAAUCUGAGAUUGUCUAGGUCCCUUCUGUCCUGUGCACACUUGCACAUGCCUCCUGGAACAUCCUUAAAAUGUGAUUCAUCUACUUGGUUGCUAUGAAGGGAAGACUAUAUCAUGUUUAUUGGAUGUAAAGCAGCGUUUGAUCUGAUUCAUCUCUCUUAAGCUCCUCUGCCUUUCUGUCUCAGUGUAGUCAGCUGAGUUUUCACUUGUUGUGUGAUAAGAGCGCCAGUUUGAUCAGUUUUUGUGUGUAUGAUUCACAUCCUGGACCCGCCUCCACAUUUGUACAAAAACACUUUGCAAGACUCACUUGACCACCUUUGCCUUACAUGUUACAUGCAUGCACAGUAGAAUAUCUGUUGGGGGUGUCUCCACUGGUACAUCUAAUUACAAUUCUUCAGUUUGAUUUAGACUUUAUGUUCGUGUCCACAUGUGCUUUCAAUUGCUUUAUAUACGAUGUUGAUAUUGAUAAACUCUGUAUCACAUUAAAUCCUGCAGACUGUGA